AUGGCCGAGUCCGAGGAGAGUAUCUUGGACACUAACACGGUCAAGAAUAUUGGAAAUAGCGGAUACACAUCAAUUGUCAAAGAAAACUGGACAUGUGGGAUUGUUUGUGCUGUCAUAGUUGCAAUAGUCAUACCUGUAAUCCUCUCUGUUGUGCUGCGGGGAAAGAAAAAGUUGAAGCAAAGAGGAUUUCCAGUUCAGGUUGGUGGCGAGACUGGUUUGGCUAUGCGCAAUGCUAAAUCACUCAAACUAGUUGAGGUCCCAUGGGAAGGGGCCACUACUCUUGCAGCAUUGUUUGAGCAGUCGUGUAAGAAAUAUUCACACCAAAAAUUUCUCGGUACAAGAAAGGUAAUCAGUAAGGAUGUUGUUACAGCUAGUGAUGGGAGAAAAUUCGAGAAGCUUCACUUGGGUGAGUACAAGUGGGAAAGCUAUCGCCAGGCAUUUGAUCGUGCGAGCAAUUUUGCUUCUGGUCUUGUUAAACUGGGACAUGAUGUGGACACCCGUGCCGCCAUUUUUUCUGAAACCCGGGCUGAGUGGCUCAUUGCUUUUCAUGGUUGCUUCCGUCAGAACAUCACAGUUGUUACCAUUUAUGCUUCUUUAGGAGAUGAUGCCUUGAUUCACUCAUUAAAUGAGACUCAAGUGUCAACCCUGAUUUGUGAUUCCAAGCAACUGAAGAAGUUGGCAGCAAUAAGUUCAAAUCUGCCAACCAUUAGACAUGUCAUUUAUUUUGAUGAUGAAGACUCCCCCGAUAGUUCUACUUUUAGCCAAGAGUUUAGUAAAUGGAAAGUUUCUUCAUUUACAGAGGUGGAAAAAAUAGGAAAAACUAAUCCUGCUCCUCCUAAUAUGCCAAUCAAGAAAGAUAUUGCUGUCAUCAUGUACACAAGUGGCAGUACAGGUCUCCCGAAGGGUGUUAUGAUGACUCAUGGCAAUAUUGUAGCCACUGCAGCAGCAGUUAUGACAGUGGUCCCCAGAAUUGGAAGUAAUGAUAUCUAUGUAGCAUACUUGCCUCUUGCUCAUGUGUUUGAAUUAGCUGCUGAGACUGUCAUGUUAACUGCUGGUACAGCUAUUGGAUAUGGCUCAGCUCUGACGUUAACUGACACUUCAAACAAAAUAAAAAAGGGAACUAAGGGUGAUGCUUCUGUGCUGAAGCCUACUUUAAUGGCAGCUGUUCCAGCUAUACUUGACCGUGUUAGAGAGGGAGUUCUAAAAAAGGUGGAAGAAAGAGGGGGUAUGGUAAAGAGACUUUUCAAUUUCGCUUACAAGCGCCGGUUGUCAGCCAUAGAAGGAAGCUGGUUUGGAGCAUGGGGACUAGAAUCCAUGUUGUGGGAUAUAAUUGUCUUUAAGAAAAUAAGGUCUGUACUUGGAGGAGAUAUCCGAUUCAUGCUUUGUGGUGGAGCUCCUUUAUCUGGUGAUACGCAGAGAUUUAUUAACAUUUGCAUGGGUGCCCCAAUUGGUCAAGGAUAUGGGCUGACAGAAUCCUGUGCUGGAGCUGCUUUUUCGGAAUGGGAUGACCCUUCUGUUGGACGUGUUGGUCCUCCUCUCCCUUGUUGCUAUAUCAAGUCCACCAUUAGCAUUCUGGAUUAA